GAAGUCAUAUCCUGUGAUCGUCUUCGUAUUUCCAAAUAUUUAGGAGGUUAUAAUUAAACAGUUUAAAGGAUUUUUCAUGGCGACAGUCUCUCCCAGUUCACUCUUCAUCCCUCUUCUUCUGUUUAAUUUCCUGACUGUAUCACUUGCCACACAAGAUGACCUUGUAAUAAGUACUAAGAAUGGCAAAGUACAAGGGAAGUUGCUUUCAGUUCCUGGUGGUGAUGUUAGAGCCUUUCUGGGGAUUCCUUAUGGUAAACCACCUAUAGGGAAGCUGAGAUUCAGAGCUCCAGAGCCAGCAGGGAGAUGGGAGCGGAUGAGGGAUGCCACACAAUUCCCAAAUUCCUGCUCCCAGUUGCCAGAUACUGCCUUUCCAGGAUUUAGGGGUUCAGAGAUGUGGAAUCCAAACACUCCUUCGAGUGAGGACUGUCUGUACCUAAACGUCUGGUCCCCACGUCUCAACAAAACCCAUCCUCAGCCCUCACCAUUGGCUCCUGUCCUUGUUUGGAUCUAUGGAGGCGGGUUCAAUGUAGGGACAUCCUCACUGGACCUUUAUGAUGGCCGCUUUCUGAGUAAAUAUGAAGGUGUUGUUGUGGUAUCAAUGAAUUACAGACUGGGAGCUUUUGGUUUUCUGUCUCUUCCUAACAACAAAAACAUUAAGGGCAAUGCAGGACUGCUGGACCAGCGCUUGGCUCUCCAAUGGGUAGCCAAUAAUAUUGCUGCUUUUGGAGGCGACGCUUCAAAGGUGACUCUGUUUGGGGAGAGUGCUGGGUCAGCAUCUGUGGGCUUCCAUCUGCUCUCCCCAGGCAGUCAUGAUCUUUUUCAAAGGGCUGUCAUGCAGAGCGGCUCUCCAAAUGCACCCUGGGCAACGGUCAGCCAGACUGUCGCCUGGGACAGGUCUACGAUGCUGGCAAAAUUACUGGACUGUCCCACGUCUGAUCCAGACCAACUGGAAGCUUGUCUGCAGAAGGCUGAUGCUGAAAAAAUUACAUCUAAGCAAUAUGAUGUUCUCAAGCAGCCUACAAUAUUAUACUUUCCCUUUCUUCCUCAUGUUGAUGGGGACUUCCUACCAGAUGAAAUUGAAGUGUUGCUGCAGGCAGGUAAAUUCCCAAAGAAAGACGUGCUGUUCGGCUUGAACAAGGAUGAAGGGACCUUCUUUCUAGUUUAUGGAGUGCCUGGAUACACCAACACUGGACAAAGUCACAUCAGCAGAAAGCAAUACCUGAAUGGAGUAGCAAUUGUAAUGGCAGAUGCCAGUGUUGUUGCAAGAGAAGCAACAAUUUUCCAGUACACAGAUUGGGCAGAUGAGAAUAACCAAAUGAAAAACCGUGACUUGCUGGGCAGUGCGGUUGGAGACCAACUGUUCUUUUGUCCUGUGCUUGAGUUUGCUCACAGGUACUCACAACAGGGUGGUAAGACUUUCCUAUAUUUCUUUGACCACCGGUCGUCCACCAAUCCUUGGCCAGCAUGGAUGGGCGUAAUGCACGGUUAUGAGAUAGAAUUUGUUUUUGGAAUGCCUUUGAUUACAUCCCUGGAAUACACAAAGAAUGAAGUGAACAUGACCAAGAAGUUUAUGAAACACUGGGGCAACUUUGCACGGACAGGGAAUCCAGGACUUGAUGGAGCUUCGUGGCCCCUAUUUACCCCUGCAAAUCAGGAGUAUGUCACUCUGAACUACAACCAUCCAGAACAAAAGAAGAUGAUGAGGGCCAAAGAGUGUCACCUCUGGCACAAAUUAAUACCAAACAUACAGAAAGUAUCAGAUGAUCUGCUGACUUGUGUUACUGCAAAUGGAAUGACUCUCCACUGCAACUACACAUUCUUUAUUAUUUUACUGGUUAUUACGUUAACCUACUGGUAGGGUGAAGAGACCUAUCUUCCACAAAACUGUUCUGUCACACAGAUAGAAAUUGUGGACAGAAAGAAUAAAUAAAUUUGGUCUUCGUUACUAUUGCAAACAUUUUAUGUGAUUACUCUAUUAUGUAUAUUUUUGAAAAAAUUGAUUAUUUUAGAGUGUGCAGUUUAUUUAAACAAACGCUCCACUUU